UUCUUUUGAUAAAGCACACAGGGUAGAAACCAAAAGCACUACAGAUAUUUGGUUUAAACACCGUCUUGUCGUUAAUGUAAGAACGUUUGAACGGCACUCCUCCAAAAGUUGUUUUUUUUUUUCUCUCUUUUGAGCGUAUUGAGCAACUCCCACCUGAUGCUGGAAAUUAAUUGAAAGUUUUAAUAAUUGAAAGUGUCUUGGAUAUAUUUGUUGUUGUUAACCUUUUGAAGUUACAUUUUCAAAUAACUUCCUGUGGUGAAAACAUGGAGGCUCUGCUGAAUUCAUUUCGGAUAUAGUUCAUCAUUGUUAUGGACCUUCAGGAACAAACAUUGCAAUUUUGUCUAUUCCAACAAAGACAACACAAACUCACUCUGUAGACUGACACAGAGCAGACACAAAAAGAUAACUAAAUUGGUGUUUGAACACGUCACUCAACAUUUAAUUUAAAACAUGAAGUGGAAAUUGGAAAAUACGCUAUUAUUGUUGACAUCUUUAUUUAUUAUUUCACUGAGCGCCCCGUCUGGUUCUAUAUCUUCCAGAGACACAGACAAAAUAUCGGGUUUAAAGUAUAAGCUUCAGCGGUUACAUGAUUUGCUAGCUAAGCUGGACUCCAGCGAUGAGAACGACCUGAAAUCUAUCAUCACACAAAGGGGAAAUAAGUCACGCCCUGUGGUGUCAGAAGACAUGAAAGCAGAAGAAAUCACACAGGCUCCAUCCAUUACAUCGGUGGCUGCACCAGGUCAAGGUCAUAUCCUGAAUUCCAAAGACGACGAAGACUCUAUCCUUAUCUUAUCUAAAGCAUUGGCUAAACUGCAGCAACCAUCUUACAACAAUGAAGAUUCCACGGGAGACCAUCUCGGCACGGAGUACAACGAAGACAAUUCAAAGUCAGAUUCUAAGACAGACACCAUGGAAAACUUCAUUCAACAGGCGCUGCUGAAACUAAGUCAAGACACUUCAAAAGUAUCAAAAGAAAAGAAAACUCCAGAGGUUGCUACACAGUCUGGAAAGAAAGACUCGCUACAAGAUGAAGCUUUGACACUUGUAGAAGAAAGAUUGUCAAAAGAUAUUCAACUCAUUCAGAAAUUGGGCUUCUCAAUCGAAGACGUGAUCCAGGAUCUAUCGAAAAAAAAAGAAAAAGAAAAAGAGUUAUCUGAUCUUGAGACCCAGUUACAGGAGUUAAAAAAUUAACAUUAAUUAAAAAAAACAACAACAUUAAAAAUUGUUCAUUAGUGUAAAUCACGAAGAAUGUUAUUGCCUGUCAAUCAAUUCAUUUCACAUUUUUUUAUUGUUCCUAUAAUGCCAUAUUUGUUACGUAUUUAAUCUUUGCUUUUUUUUGUUUGUUUGUUAUUGUAAUUUCGUG